GUCGCAUCUUCUUCUUUAGAAAAUUCAUUAUUGAAGUACAGUGCUAAGGAAUACUUCUUCCGAGCUGGGCUUUGUCAUUUAUGUGUAGAUUUAUUAAAUGCUCAGCAUGCUUUGGCCAAAUAUGAAGAGAUGAGUCCAUCAUUUUCAGAUUCCAGAGAAUGUAAAUUAUUGAAGUGCUUAAUUGAGAAAUUGGAGGAGCAAGAUGUUGAUGGAUUCACAGAUGCUGUAAAAGAAUUUGAUUCGAUAUCUCGCUUAGAUCAGUGGUAUACUACAAUUUUGUUACGAGUCAAAAAAUCCAUUCAAGACACUCCUGAUUUACGUUGAUCAGUGUAUAUUGCAUUGUAAGGGAAAAAAGUAUUGUAAACUAUUUUCUGAAAUAGAAAUUUCAUAUGAAAUCUUUACAUAAUUCUAAAAUUUUUCAAGCUGACAUUUUUCAAUUGUUAAUAUAAAUAUACUGUAUAUAUAGGAAUAAGUAUUGAAAUUUAUUCCUUCAAACUGUUCAUAUUUUAGUGAGAAAUUGUACGAGUAAAAUAUAUUUGUGCAUGAAAUGCAUUGAUGUUAAGUAUUCUUUUUUUGCUGCAAGGAUCAUGUGAGUUUUGUGAAUAUGCUUGGAUUGUUACAUUUGAAUAAAUAUUAAAAUAUUUUUAAUAUUUAAUUAUACUGAAUUUUGGAGAAAUUUGAAGCAGAUGAAAUUUGAAGCAGAUGAAUGACACUUAAAAUUUUUACUCAUAUUUGGGCCUAAAAAUAUUUUACUGACUUGGCACUGGUUUUUAUGUAAUAUUGCACACAUAUACCAAGUAUGAAAUUCUUAAGAUGUCUGUUAAAAAAAAAAAAAAAAAAAAAAAAAAA